UUGGGGGACAAUAACAUAGUCUUGUUAAUUCCAGAGAAGCUAGUGCAGUGUUGAAGAGAGCUCUGGAUCUGUGAAAGGGAAUUAACUGCUCCAGGUGUCUUCAAAGACAGCUCUGCGAUGUCCCUCUCGCUGCCGGAGGAGUUGGAUGGUCUUCAUUCCCACACAUUCCGGGUGAAGACGUUCAAGAAGGCCAAGCACUGCAGCGUUUGCAAACAGACCAUCAUCCAGGACGGACUCAUCUGCAGAGUGUGCCGAAUAGCCUGCCACAAGAAAUGUGAAGUUAAGGUGUCUUCAUCUUGUGUUCCUGCCACAAACUAUGAGCUGGCGCCGAGCAGUGACCUCCCUCUCAAACAUGUAGACACCAUGGGCUCAACAAAAUCCUCAAAGAGCAUGGAGUCACGGCGCAGACCAUCGAGGAGCGUAAGUCUGCUGCAGGCCCUGGAUGAGAGCUACGAGCUGGACCUGAUCUACAUCACAGAGAGGAUCAUCUCCGUCUCCUUCCCCAGCAGCGUGGAGGAGCAGAGCUACGCUGCCAACCUGCGUGAGGUCGCAUCCAUGCUGCGCUCCAAACAUGGCCACAACUACCUGCUCUUCAAUCUCAGUGAGAAGCGUUACGACAUCAGCGAACUUAAUCCAAAGGUGUUGGACUUUGGCUGGCCUGACCACCAUGCCCCUGCCCUGGACAAAAUCUGCAGCAUCUGCAAAGCUAUGGACACCUGGCUGAGUGCCGACAGCCACAACGUGGUGGUUAUACACAACAAGGGCAAUCGAGGCAGAACUGGAGUGGUGGUGGCGGCCUACAUGCAUUACAGCAACAUAUCUGCCAGUGCUGACCAGGCCCUGGACAGGUUUGCCAUGAAGCGCUUCUAUGAAGACAAAGUGCUUCCUGUUGGUCAGCCUUCUCAGAAAAGGUAUGUGGAGUAUUUCAGCGGCUUGCUCUCCGGACACAUCAAGAUCAACAACAAACCCCUGUUCCUUCACCAUGUCAUCAUGCACGGCAUUCCAAACUUUGAGUCUAAAGGAGGUUGUCGUCCUUUUCUAAAAAUCUACCAGGCCAUGCAGCCCGUCUACACAUCUGGGAUCUAUAAUGUUCAGGGGGACAGCCAGACGAGCAUCUGUAUCACCAUCGAACCUGGUCUUCUUCUGAAAGGGGACAUCCUGCUCAAGUGCUAUCACAAGCGCUACCGCGGCCCGUGCCGAGAUGUGAUUUUCCGGGUGCAGUUUCACACAUGUGCGGUUCAUGACCUGGGGAUCGUCUUCGGAAAAGAUGAGCUUGAUGAGACAUUCAAAGAUGACAGGUUCCCGGAAUACGGAAAAGUGGAGUUUAUUUUCUCUUUCGGGCCAGAAAAAAUUCAUGGUAUGGAUAACCUAGAGAACGGGCCGAGCGUGUCGGUGGACUACAACACACAGGAUCCUCUGAUCCGCUGGGAUUCCUACGAAAACUUCAAUCAGAACUGUGAGGACAACACAGACGAAGUCAUCCAUACCGAAGGACCCCUGGACGGCAGCCUCUACGCCAAAGUGCGCAAAAAGGAGUCAGUUGAAGGAACAAUCACAGCGAAUGGCCUUCCACCCACUGCUGUUGAACACGCACUGCCUGCAGUUGACCAUGCCUUGUCAGUGAGCAGUGACUCAGGAAACUCUACUGCCUCUAUCAAAACUGACCGAACUGAUGAACCGGCAGCAGCCCCUCAUGCUUCCACAGUGAGCCAGCCACAUGUUCCUGUAGGCGAGGAGUUACCCUCAGUCCAUCACCAGGCCCCAGCUGCCCAGCAACUCAUAAGUCCCCAAGAGAAACAGGAGCUGGAGCAGCUCCUGAGUGGCUUGGAGGGGCCCAUGCACCGACAGGGCUACCUGUCCUCCCCAGCCUCUGCUGUUGGAGGGAUGCUUCACCUGGUGCCUGCUCAGGUCCACGUCAAUGGCCACGGUAGCGUUGACCGUGAAACAGACAUUUUAGAUGACGAGCUGCCUACCAGUCAGGAGGGCAACAGCGUGGACAGUCUAGGGACGUUCUCCUCCACGGAUGGUCGGGCCACACCAGCUGAUCUCUAUUACCAGUCUGAGUCAGUUAUUAAUGGACAGGAUCAUGUGCCGUAUCUGGAGCGCAGCGUUCCAGAAAAGCCCCUGGAAAACAUCCAGCCACAGAUUUGCAUAUCCAACAAACCUGCCACUUUGACCCAAAGUGAUUCAGCCCCAUCCUCGGUUAAUUACAUGGCUACUCAGAAUGGUAAUCUGCACCGCUCCCAUUCGUAUGGUGCAGAACCAAAGUCUAUGCCACCAGCUCCCGCCCGCACCACCAGUAGCAGGGAGGCCGUCCAGCGAGGUCUCAAUGUUUGGCAGCAGUUUGGUGUACCUGCGGAGCCAGUAACUGAGGGACUCACGUUUAGUCCACCUAAUUCAGUAAUGCCAAGUCACCACAGCCUCCCUCAGUUCCCUAAUCGCCAGAGCACCUCCCAGCAAGAGAUUGAGCAAUCUAUUGAAACCCUUAAUCUCCUCAUGUUGGACCUGGAACCAGGCCGUUUGCCGGUGCCUAAGUCUCAAAGUGCUCCACUGAGAGAAAACAGUGUUGUAGUGACCACACAGCCGUCCUUCUCCCAAAGCCAAACCAGACCUUCCUAUCAGGCCGAUGUCGCUAUUCACACCCACUUGGCUGGCCCCAUGUCCAGCCUGGCCAGCCACACGUUACCUGCUCAGAUGUCACCUGGGAAGCCAAAUACACCAGACCUUGUACCUGCUCAAGGAUCUCUGAGUCACACAUCUGAAAUAGCUGGAACCAGUCCUUCCUCACAAGUCUCCCCUCUCGUAUCUGGCCACUUCCAGCUCAAGCCCGUCAACACCUACCCACCAAACACAUUGUCUCCAUUUGCAGAGGUCUCUGAGCCCCAAAGAUGCCCUAGUGCUGCCUCAGCAUCACCCCAGCCAAGACAAGACAGUGACCCUGAUGAAGUCUUCAACGUUGAAGGUCUGGUUGCGCAAAGAGUGGCUGGUGUCCAGGCCCGUGCAAUAUCCUUGGAUGAGCCUGCAACUCUGCCCCGCCGCCGCAUCACCAGUGAUGGCCAAUACCAGAACGGUCCCGAUGAUGGUUCCUCUCCUGAUGGCCCAGUUCGCUCCCCCAUUCGCUGUGUUUCUCCAGAGUUUGUCAACGCCAUAGCGUUGAACCCUGGAGGACGUCCCAAGGAGAGACACAUGCACAGCUACAGGGAAGCCUUCGAGGAGAUGGAUAGUGGGCCCGUCAGUCCCACACCCAUAGUUGGUGGUGAGGUGUUUUCCCAAACCCCUGCAUUCCCCAUCUCGCCGCAAACCCCUUACUUCAACCUGUGUCGGGCCCCUCCUGGUCUUGCCAAAACUCCACUGUCAGCCCUGGGUUUAAAACCCCACAACCCAGCAGAGAUCCUCCUCAAUCAAACCGGCACAGCACCAAGAAGCUAUGUGGAGUCUAUUGCAAGGUCGGCAGUGCCAGUUGGAGAGGCACCCAUGUCAACUCAGAGUCUUAGCCCACCAGGAGAGACUACAGGCCAGCAGAGAAGUCCAAGUCCCUCCUCCCAUGCCCUGAACCCACCUUUGUCCAGCAGCAGCCCCAUCCUGAUCUCACAGGGUGAUCAACCCAUAGCAGAGAGGAGCGUUAGCACUCCGUCCCAACCCACUACUGAUUCAGGCUUCCGCUCCCAGGCUACAGAUAGUGCCUACCCGACUCCCACUCCUACCCCUUCAUAUCAAGCCUCGAAUACCCCCACUUCAUCCUACCUGGAUUCCAGUUCUCCAGCCUCUUCCUACGUUGGCACUGCUACACCUACACUGUCCUAUCUUGGCCCCAACACCCACAACACCGUAUUGGGGAGCUAUGUGGCCUCGGAUUCUGGCCUGCCCAGCUCAGAACUGUCCCAGACCACACUCAGCCGUGGAAGUCCCCAUGCACAGUACCCGAUGAACAUCCUUGGUUCCACUCACAAUCCCGUCCUCCAGCAGCGCCCUACUGCUUAUCACGAUGUUGCCACCAUGGUCCAGCAUAUACCACCAGCUAAUGGCUAUGAGGUGGGUAUGCUAGGUCACACCGGCAGUCCCAUCCUCGGUCAUCGUCUGUCUGAGGGAGCUCAGAGCAGCCCAGUCCUCAGCAGACAAACCUCUUUGGGACAAGGGUCUCAGCAAAGCCCGGUCCUCAGCAGACAGCCGUCCCUGGGCCAGACAUUGCAGAGCAGCCCCCAGCUCAACAGACAGCCACCUAUCACAUAUCCCCAAGGGAGUCCAGUGUUGGGCCGCCACCCGUCUGUUUCGCAGAUGUCCCAGAGAAGCCCCAGUUUGGACCGUCACCCCAUGCACAGCGGUUACACCACCCCGGAUGAGAGGCACGGGAACCUGUCCCGACAAAGCAGCUCCUCGGGUUACCAGGGACCACCAACACCUUCCUUUCCCAUCUCGCCUGCAGGGUACCAGGAUGGGGGGACGAUGGGAAUGGGUGGUGGAUUCCGGCAGGGUAGUCCAGCCCCUGGAUUUCAGCCACAGCUUCCAGAGAAGAGGCGUAUGUCAAGUGGUGAUAGACCAAACGGAGCAUUGUCAUAUAGCUCGCUCAAUGGGAAGACGAUUUCCCCAGUGAGUGGAGGAAGCAAUCCAGGCUACUUCCAUACCCUCUCUGACUUCUCCAGGUUUAACAUGACUGAUGGAAGUCCGGAGAGCAGGCUGAAUGUCAAGUUUGUCCAAGACACGUCCAAAUUCUGGUACAAACCAGACAUUUCUAGGGAGCAAGCUAUUGGCCUGCUGAGAGACAGGGAGCCUGGAGCCUUUGUAAUUCGGGACAGUCACUCGUUCAGGGGAGCUUACGGCUUGGCUAUGAAGGUGGCCUCUCCCCCGCCAUCAGUGCAUCAGAGCAAGAAAGGUGACAUCACCAAUGAGCUGGUGAGACACUUCUUGAUUGAGAGCAGCCCUAAAGGAGUGAAGCUGAAGGGUUGUCCCAACGAGCCUUACUUCGGCUGUCUUUCUGCUUUGGUCUACCAACAUGCGAUCACACCACUGGCCCUGCCCUGCAAACUACUCAUCCCUACCACAGAUCUUAUUGAGGAGGUGCCAGAGGUGGCGACAACAAAUCCACUGUCUGAACGACUGAAACAAGGAGCAGCAUGCAACGUGCUCUACAUCAACUCAGUGGAGAUGGAGUCCCUGACGGGCCCUCAGGCUAUUGCCAAGGCUAUAUCUGAGACACUGGCUGCCACUUCUCCACCUACUGCCACCGUUGUGCACUUCAAGGUGUCUUCACAAGGCAUCACACUGACUGACAACCAGAGGAAACUUUUCUUCCGGCGCCACUACCCUUGCAACACCGUCACGUUCUGCGAUACUGACCCUCAGGACAGAAAAUGGAACAAGCCUGAGGGAGGCACAGCUAAGUUGUUUGGGUUUGUGGCACGCAAGCAGGGAAGCACAACCGACAACAUCAGCCACCUCUUCGCUGAGAUGGACGCUGACCAACCCGCCAACGCCAUCGUCAACUUCGUCUUGAAGAUGAUUUCUUCGCAGAAACGAUGAGAGCCGUCGGCAAAACCCCUGGCGCUUUUUUAAAUGCCUUUGGUUAUUUUCUUUACUUUAAACCACAGACACUUCCUUUCUGCUUUGGACAAUUUAGCAUUUGGUUUUAUGCCUCACCUUAUUUUUCCUGCUCUUUUACCUUCAAGCAAGCGUGUGUUUGUGUGAGAGUGUGUAUGUGUGUAUGUGUGUGUAAGCAAAUGAAAGAUGACAAGACAGAGCGAGAGUGUGGUGUGCGUGUGCAUGUGCGUGUGUGUGUGUGUGUGUGUGUGUGUGUGUGUGUUCGUGGCUCGCAUGCAUGUGCUUUUUUCUUGGAUGGACAGAAUGGACCAGAGGAAGUGCAGGAUGGGGCGUGGCUCUGUGUGACAAUAGGACGGGAGACGAGUUUGAUCUCCCUGGCAGGGUAACACAUGAACAGUGAAAGGGGAAUGACAUUGUGUGUGCAAAUGUUGUUUUUGAGCAAUUGUUUAAUUUGUAUUUUUUUUUAAAGAAGAAGUCAAGUUGUGUGAUGUAAAAGGUGGAUUGUAAAUCUGUCAGGCUUUUGACUGGUCAACCAAAGAUUUUAAAAAAGUAGUCAGGGCGUGAAUAGUGUGCCACUGUCAGAGGGUUGAAAGUAUUCUUUUGUAAAACAAAUGGCUGCUUAAUCAAAAAAUACCGAACUGUUUCUUUCUGUAUGUACUGAUACUGUAGGUCAAUUAUGCACCGUCCCCAUCAUGCAAACAAUGUUUUCGGACAUUUUUGCAGCCGAGGCGAGGUCUGUGUAAAUAAUCUAGAUUGCUUUAUGAGUAGGACUGUUCUAGAUGACAUUUGGUGCCUGACUUUCUUUUGUAAUGCAGAGCUUUUUAAAGAAAAAAAAAAGAAGAACAUAAAACUCAUCCAGGCUGUCUUAAAUAUGCAAAUAGUCAAACUUGGAAAUAAGGCUGCAAAAUUCCACAGGUCCUUCCCUGGUUGAUGCAGUAGUGUCGACAACGAUGCAACAGGUGUUGUUCCAUUAAAGUGCAGCUAGAGUCUGACAAUAUCAGCUUAAUCUAAUUUUCUUUGGUGGAUUUGCUGUAUCCAUGUGAACACAGAAAAGCAUUACUAAGAAGGUAAUUGAGUCAUUACAUCCACCCGAGGUCUGUCAGACAUGCAAAGAAGAGGAUUAGCUUCCUAUCUGCCACCAUUCUGCGUUCACAGUCUGCACAGCGCAUAGCCGCACUAUUUCCCUCAUUACUGAAGGGCCAAACGUUGUUUCGUGAGGACGAUCUUUAUAGAACAGUCUUGUCCUAGUCUAGUUGCUCUUCAGUUUUCUGCAUCAAAAGUUUCUGUCAAUAGAAAGCAGCUCUUUGCGUCAGCCGGCCAAAACUGUUAUAACACUCACACCCUACCCAAAAGUAAGCUAUACAUAUAAAUAUACAUAUAUAGAUAUAUAUAAAACUUCCAAACAGUGACUUAAGAUAUUUAUUUUUUUGCUUUGUUGCUCUAUGUUAUCUUGUAUACAUGUAUUAUAAAGUAUACAUCAUGAUUACUGAAAAACGAGAAGAAAAGAAUGCUUUUUUAUGGCUAAAGUCAAGUGCGUUGACAUAUAUAAAAGAUGUAAAGUGUGUGCAUUUAAAAGUGUAUCACUGUUGUUUUUGAAUGUUUUUUUUUCACAGCAUUACUUCUUUUGUUAACAUUCUUGUUUUCAGCAUCAAAGAAGCUUCUCGGGGAGGCUUUUUGUGUUUUUCUUUGUUUGUUUGUUUUUUAAGAGAGGGGAAAUAUUUUGUAUGAAAGAUUGUUGUUAUAAAA